AGAGCGAAAAACAGAGGAAGCAAAAAUGAAAAGUGGAGGGAACACAAACACCAAGCUCAUACUUGUUCAUCCAUACAUUCAAAAACAAACAAGCACAAAUCGUCUAUGGCUUCUCGCUUUCGUCUCUUUCUUCACAAUCGCUUUUCUCUUAACUCUUCUCUACACCACCGACUCUAUCAUCCCUACUAAAAACAACUCCGCCACCGUCUCCUCCGCCGUCAAUUCCGUCGUCUCCACCGCUCCGAUCACUCAGUUGCCAACAGCAGCCAUCAAUGCAAUGCUUCACUACGCGUCGAGAUCAAACGACAGCUUCCACAUGUCAUACGGAGAGAUGAAAUCAAUCUCCGACGUCCUCCGCCGCUGCUCUCCGCCGUGUAAUCUCCUAGUCUUCGGCCUAACACACGAAACCCUUCUCUGGAAAUCGCUAAACCACAACGGACGUACAGUUUUCAUCGAAGAGAAUCGUUACUACGCAGCUUACUUCGAAGAAAUCCACCCCGAGAUCGAAGUCUUCGAUGUUCAGUACACGACUAAAGCACGUGAGGCGCGUGAGCUCGUGUCAGCGGUUAAAGAAGCGGCGAGGAACGAGUGUCGUCCGGUGCAGAAUCUUCUCUUCUCCGAUUGUAAAUUAGGACUCAAUGAUUUGCCAAAUCAUGUUUACGAUGUUGAUUGGGAUGUGAUCUUAGUUGAUGGACCACGUGGCGACGGUGGAGAUGUACCGGGAAGGAUGUCGUCGAUUUUCACGGCGGCUGUUCUUGCUCGGAGUAAAAAAGGCGGGAAUCCGAAGACGCAUGUGUUUGUUCAUGAUUAUUACAGAGAUGUUGAGAGACUUUGCGGCGAUGAGUUUCUUUGCCGGGAGAAUCUUGUGGAGUCUAACGAUAUGCUUGCGCACUACGUGUUGGAGAGGAUGGAUAAAAACAGCACGCAGUUCUGUCGUGGUCGUAAGAAACGCUCUGUUUCUUCUCCAUCGGCUUGAGUAAAAUGUGCGCUAAAAUCUUGUGGACUGUGGAGAGUCAAAUCAACCGACACAACGGUGGUCAUUGACACCGUCAAUCGCGGAGGAGUUUGUGUAAAAUAAAUAUUUUUUUCCUGC